AUUCAUUCUUAAGUAAAGCAAAGCAAGCAACGGAGAAGCUGGGCUAGGGAAGGGACAGUUUAGCUCAAAAGGAGGGUUUAGGCAGACUGGACCAGCAGUAACGAUGGCUGAAAUGUCAAACCAGCCGUUUGUGUCUUCUGCCAGUCCCAGAGCUACCAGCGUGUCUCGAUCGAGUGAGAGUUCAACUGCUUAUCUUAGCGACCCAAUGAUGAAAAUGAAGUGGUUUCAUCCAUUUCUAACAAGACACUCAGCUGAAUGCAUGCUGAUUGACAACGCUCCUGAAGGCUCUUACCUCCUCAGACCAUCAGCAACUGGUGGCAAGGAUCAGUAUACUCUAUCAGUCAAGUUCUCUCAAUCAGUUCAACACAUGAAGGUCAAGCGACUCCCGGACAACAGAUAUCAGUUUGGGAGGAGUUUCUUUGACAAUGUGAAUGCUCUGAAGAAGCACUUUGAGUUAGAGAGACCGAUCGUUGGUGGAGAGUCAGGGAUCACCGUUGUGUUAAGUUAUCCGUAUUCGCGUGAAGUUGAUGAGCAGCAUUUGUACACGGAAGUGCAUCAUCAUGCUGUAACUAGGAUGGUUAAUAAUGCUGUAGUUGAAGAGUCAGACAGUGACAGUUAUGAUUUACCCGAUACUGAUUCAUCUCCUGAACUGGAUAGUUUACACAGAAGAUUACAACAAAUAACACCGGUGGCAUCCAGAGAAGGUUACUUAACAAAGUUAGGAAAAAUUAAAAAGAAUUGGAAAGUUAGAUGGUUUGUCCUACGUAACACGACUCUAAGUUACUACAAAACAAAGCAAUCACCCAAGCCAAUCAGAAGUAUUAACGUUCUCAGAGGAAUUUCUGCUGACUAUGAUCCUUCUUUUGGUAAAGAUUUCGGAUUUAGACUUGUUUUGCCAGAACGCACUUUCUUUUUCUUUGCUAAUAAUGAAGAGGAUUGCUCCCAAUGGGUUGACUUAUUGAAAGCAACCAUACAGAAUCGAGACAGACCAGAAGUAUCAGAUGACAGUACUCGAUGUUAACCACUUCUACAGCUCCAAUAAUUACAUGUAUUGUUGUCAUUAAAUUGUUUUAUGAAAUUAUUAUUACUAUUAUCUGUGAAUUAAUUUAUUUGUCGGCGAAAAACCAUGAUAUAAUAAUUAAUCAUUAAUAAAAGAAGCCUAUUGUGAUAAUAAUUAUUAUUAUUGUUAUUAUUAUUAUAUUGAAAAUGAAACAGUUCAAAUACGCAGGAA